AUGUCGCCUCCCGUUGACAGGGAUCCCGGCAACACGCGCGUAUCCGAGUGCGGCAGUGUGGGCUGCUCCGGCCCGCAAAUCAGCCAGUAUGACCACACGCUCCUCGUCGAGGAGCACGUCUCGCCCUCCGUUGCCGAGCAGAUGCAGUUCGUCAACAAGCACGCCUCGAUGCGCUGGGAGACCGAGUUCCUCGACGUGAAGGUUAAGGACUACUCGCCCAGCACAUCCUGCCGAUGCUGCGGCUGCUCUUCGUCGGCCAUCGUGGCCGACGCAGGGGCCUUCCUGCACCAGAAGCAUUGGCGCUAUGUGGCCGUCACAGCGAACAAGCCGGGGCCGCGGACCGAGGCGGCCAAGACGGAGUAA